AUGCUGUCUCGAUUCUCUUGCUUCCUGUCUUUGCCUCUUCUACUUACACGAAUCCUCUCCACAGAAUGCAUUAUUUAUGGUGGAGGCUACGGAGGUGGAUAUGGUGGUGGCGGUUCCGGUUAUGGCGGCGGUUAUGGUGGCACUUACAAUUACGACUGCGGAUGCUAUCAGCCGCAACAAACAAGACCAGUACCAGUUCCCGUUGUAGAGCCUAUUCCAGUAGUCGACCCUAUUCCAGUGAUUGAACCUAUUCCAAUGGUUCAGCCUAUGCCAAUGGGACAAAUGGGAUAUCGACGAGGUUUCAGACGACUUCCACUUAUACUUGCAAAAACCGACUCUGAGGGUGAAGGUGCAGCAGCAAACGCUGGAGCACGAAAGUGA